UUGGCUAAUUAUUUUUUCUCCAAACACAAUGAACUCCACUAAUUUCCUAGAAACAAGUAAUUUUCCUCAUAUAGGAAACCCUAAUUUUACUUUUCCCCUUUUCCACUCACAUAUGAUGACUCAAGAUUUUAGUUAUAAUAAUUUUCAAGAUUUUGAAUCUUCUUCAUUUCUUGAUCAACUUUUUGUUGAUUAUUCUCCUACCAAUAAGAACUUCAAUACUUGUGUUUUAGAAAAUGAUCACUCACAUAUGAUGACUCAAGAUUAUAGUUAUAAUGGAAGUUCUUCCAAUUCCUAUUAUGCCACACCACCAAACAUGAAUCACUUGAAAGAAAAAUCCAAAGUGGGGAUAAUAAAGAAAGAGAUCAAGAAUAAUGAAACACAUGUUAUUGCUUUAAGAACAAAGACUCAACUUGAUGUCUUGGAUGAUGGAUAUAAAUGGAGAAAGUAUGGCAAGAAGAAGGUGAAAAGUAACAAAAAAUAUUUAAGGAAUUACUACAAGUGUUCAAUUCGAGGAUGCAUGGUAAAGAAGAGAGUAGAAAGAGAUGGACAUGAUUCAAGCUAUUUGAUUACUACAUAUGAAGGCAAACACAAUCAUGAAAUCUACUCCUCUAUCAUUUACAAUCAUAUGGAGGCGAAUUCAGAAUUUAAAUUGAAUUUCCAUCAAGGAAGAUAACAAAGAUUAAGCAAGUUCCAAUUCUGCCGUUGAACCAAGAAACUACUUUGUUAAUUACUAAAUUCCCAACCACAACUACUUUGUGAUUUUAGCUAAAGUUCAAAUAUAUGUAGGACAUUAUAUUAUUUCAUUUGUAAUAUAUAUAUGGUGUGUGAAUUGUGAUAUAUGUCAACUUCUCCCAAUUUACAACCAGCAUAAUAUAAUUGUAAUGUCUUAUAGUUGACUAGCUAUGAGAAACAAUGUUGUAAGUGGGAAAAAUAUUUUACCUCUA